UCCCAGGUUUACUGCUUGUCUGACCCACCUAUCUCCAGGCGGUGGUCUUCAAGCUUUAAGCUGAUGACUGUCGAGUUAUCCACCGGAUUAGUGUCAGUUUCGGGGUUGAUAAAAAACAUUUAAUCACAACUUGAAUCCAAAAUGUCGGGACACUGAGCCAUUUGUGUGCAGGAAGAGCAUCAGAAGGGAAGGAAAGCAUAGAAGGGCUCCUCCUAGAAAUAUAAUCUUUCUGUCUCUUUCUCGACCUGCUCAUUAGAAGCGAAGGCACAUCACAUCCAUUUCUUCUUCGUGAUCUCUCCUCGCUGUUUCCCAGCACUCUCCUACACCUCCCAUAAUCCUCCUCUUCAACCCCGAGUUGACAUGGCAGCUGCCAAGCCGAAAGGGCAGAACUCUCUGGCCCUGCAUAAAGUGAUCAUGGUGGGGAGUGGAGGCGUGGGCAAGUCAGCGCUCACCUUGCAAUUCAUGUACGAUGAGUUUGUGGAAGACUACGAGCCUACGAAAGCUGACAGCUACAGAAAGAAGGUAGUCCUGGAUGGAGAGGAGGUCCAGAUCGACAUCCUGGACACAGCAGGCCAAGAGGAUUAUGCAGCAAUUAGGGACAACUACUUCCGCAGUGGAGAGGGCUUCCUCUGUGUGUUCUCUAUUACUGAGCUGGAAUCAUUUGCUGCGACUGCGGAUUUCAGAGAGCAGAUCCUGCGUGUGAAGGAGGAUGAGAACGUUCCCUUUCUUCUGGUGGGGAAUAAAUCCGACCUGGAGGACAGGAGGCAGGUGAGCUCAGACGAGGCCAAGAGUCGAGCUGAGCAGUGGGGCGUGUGCUACGUGGAAACAUCUGCCAAAACCCGUGCCAACGUGGACAAGGUGUUCUUUGACUUGAUGCGAGAAAUCCGCGCCAGGAAGAUGGAGGACAGCAAGGAGAAGAACGGGAAAAAGAAGAGGAAAAGUCUGGCCAAAAGAAUUCGAGAGAGAUGUUGUAUUUUAUAGUAAAAAAAAAAAAAAAAAGGAUCAAAAAUCAUUACCAUGCUCUUCCCUUAUGUUUUAAAUAUGUAAAUAUCUCUGUUCCAUAUUCUCACAGCCAACUAAUGCUGACGGGGGUUCGCAGCGUUGUCACGGUGAUUACAUCAAAGCCCGGGUUGGCUUUAUAGCGCGUUAUAGUUUCGCCUCCGGGGGAAGCUACUAGGCGCUCCUUCACACUUUCCGCCAUGUUGUUUAGUGUGCUUAUGUACAUCUUGUACCAAGAAAUCCACAAUAUCUUGCGAAACGUCUUUGCCACAUGUUGGUACCAGUCACGUUUUUAAACCGCUCUCAAUCCAACUAGUGAAUUUUACAAGUUUAGCACAAAACCCUGGGAUCCUGCUGCUCGAUAAAAUCUUGAAUUGGAACCUGCGGGUUAAAAAAAAAACGUGGAUCACUCGUGUAAAAAUUGCGGCCCCUUGUUAUGAAUUCGGGUCUAUUCUGUCUGGGUUAUUUGUUCUCUUCUUUUGUGCUAAGAACCCACAAGACAGAUUUCAAACUGCCUUAGACAGAGUGAAAUCAGAUUGAAAUAAGUGGAUGGAUCACUAUGGUUACUAGUGGACCAUUGUGGGAUCUUUGUUGUAAAAACAUUAUUUUUAACAUAAUCUUUUAUUUUUAACAUUAAAAAAAGCAUUAAAUUGAAAUAUGUUGUUAAAACGGUGUGAGCUGAUUCGCUGUUUGUUGUGAUUGUUGCUAUUUCAAUUAAAAGCACAGGAAUAUCUUUUAGUAAACACAGACACUUGUGUACUAUGAGACACUAGUCGUGUGUAUGGUUAAAAAUCUCCCGUUUGAUUUCAUUUGAUGCUUUUGCUAAUCUGAUGAGGAAUGUGAAUUGGAAACAGGAAGUCGUUUUUUUUGGAGGUCAUUUGACUUCCUGAUGUCCUUGACGUCCGAUGUGAAUGUGAAGCUCCGUAUUCAAAACUUUGAUGACAAGUCAUAUAGGAGCGGGACUUUGCAGCAAAUUUUCGCUUAUUCUAUAUUAUUAUUUAAAACUGUUAACACCGCGAACCAAGAAAAAUCGAAACACCGUAAUGAAUGCUAAUGCUCUGUGAAAUCACUGCGAUGUUUUUGUCUGUUUGUAUGUGUUAUGUGAAGCGGCUGUUGUUGUGUUGCUUCAUUCUGUAUGAUUUUUUUUACAUUCAAACUAAAACUUUAUUAGAUAACUAGAAUUUUAAAUGCCAUUAUUACAUUUUAUAUUGGUUAUUUUGUUUAUUUUAUCCUCUAUGCUCUUCGGUUUAUGUGAUUUUUGCGUGUUUCGUUUAUGUUAAUAUACGUUUUAUAUCACUUCUCAGCAAAAUGCUCUGACAUGCCAGUUACUUAAUUUACCAGAAGUGUAGUGGAGGUGAAGACUUGAUGCGUCAGUGCUCGCUUUUAAAACAUGCUGUUAAUAAGAACUGUAUUCUUCACUCAUUCCAGCUGCAAACACUAACAAAAACCCAGCGUGUGUUCUGCGGAAACACGUUCUGUUUAAUGCAGAAACGCUGGGUUUGUGACACUGCUUUGUAAAAAAUGGGAAACCCGGGACACUUAAAUUAUUAUAUAGAAAAACGCUUUUCUUUAGUAACUUCCAGGAUGCCAUUUAUGGUGAUAAUUCACAGUUAAUAUGGCUGAACUUAAAUGUUUAUGCGUAAUAAGUAUGAAAUUCUGUAUGUUUGAAUGGCAGCCACGAGAUUAUUAACCAUAGUGGGCUUUUGUAGCAAAAUUACUAAACUGUUUGCCUGCUUCCUUACUAAUUCUGUCAUGGUGCUACUUUUUUGUUUAUUUGUAACGGCUCAUACGUAUCUGUUGGUACAAGAGGCUGCAGGAUCUGUUUAAAAAAACGUUAUGAACGUGUACGGGUGCAUACACGUUGAUAAUGCUUAAUUGAAUGCAAACCAAUUUCGUCUUGUUUAAAUGUUUUCUUUGCAUAAUAUACCGAUCUGCCAAAUGUUUGGCAGGAACCACGGCAUCAAUCCCAUUUCUAGCAGCUUUUUUUUUUGCCAUUGGCAUUUUCAAAAAUUUAGUAUUAGUUUUAACUUUUGUUCCUUAAAUCCUGUUUGCUUGCAGCGCUGUUUCUCCAACUUUUAUUUUCUGUCAUUGCUGUGAAUGCUUUGCCAGACACACUACUUUAUUAAUCACAAUUUACGCUACUUGUUAUGCAUUUUUCUUUAUCAUAUGUAGACUUCUAAAGAUUUAAACUUUACAUUUCAUUUGAUAACUUUAAGACUUUUAACGCUGGCUCCACCCCUCACUAUCUGCAGCAUUACAUCCUCUAGCUGUCAUAUUUUUGAAAAUAAAUGCGUGUGAAUUGUAACAUGAUUUGCAUCAUUAUUUGUUAUGAUCAGUUUCAUUGUUACAAUUCUGUAUAAAUUGCUCAUAAAAUUUACAUUUCUUUGGAAAGCAAAAUGAAUGCUACAUUCAGCUGAUUUUUAAAAGCACAUCUUUAUUUUUUUGCUGUUGCAUUAACCAUAUCCCUGUGUGCUUGUUCGACUUGUGUACUGUGAGCCAAUGGAAAGAACAAUAAACUGAAGGUGAUUGUU